AUGGAACGAAAAAAUCUGCACCAACAUCAUUCCGAGGCGUUCUGGAAAAUGGCCAAAAGGAAAAUGUGUCAUGACAGAUGGCUGCCAGCAGAGGAAGUGAUUCGUUGCAUUAUCAAAAAGCACAAUGUUGUGUAUGCUUCCUAUACACUCAAUGCUGCUCUUACAAAAGUUUUUACUGGCGAAAUUCAUGUCGCGCGACGAGUAAAGAAUAUCCUGCAAACAACAAAGGAAGGGAAAAAGAAAAGGAAAAAGAGGUUCUAUUUCAUUAGCAAAAGUCCGCUUCUACCAAGAGACAUUCCAAGGGAAUCAGCACCUUUCCAAGAAGCAUGGGAUUUUCAUGAGAGUACGCAAUAUUACCAAGCGUCUUUACUAUCUUCCACCACUACAGUUGCCAAGCAGCAGAAUAUAGGAACUUCGCCACGGAGAAUUCAAUGGAAGGGCUUCUUUUUGGGUGAAGCAAAUAGUCAGGGUGCCCGAGAGAAUUCUCUGUCUACCACUAGUGGACAAACUGCUAAUACUACUACAAGUAGAAGCUUCACCACAGACGGAAACAGUGCUACUGCUGUCAUGACAAGAACAGCGGGACUUCCUGUACCCAACUGGUAUACUACUGUUGGAACGAACCAUGCUGCUUAUCCUUGGGUCUCACAUAAACCACCUAUAUCAGCUGUCGGAUUUUGA